AAGAUUAUGUCCGCUCCCACAUUCAAAGCUUCGCAUCCAGGAAAAGAAGAAUACUUUUCUUCACUCGAAAGAUCUUCAAGAUUCAAAACCAGGCCUGACAUGCAAAGCAUACCCAAGCAAGCUUGCUUGCUUGCUUGCACUCCCAUCCCUGAUCACUGCCUAGGACCAACCUUUAUGGGCGUAUGUUUUCUUCUAUAAUGCUUCUUCAAAUAAACAUCAGACUAUCAAAAGCAAAUCGUUGCUCAGGCAGAAGUUUUGGGGACAGAAUUAUUCUCAAACGAUGGACGCUUGGGUCAAGCAAACGAGGUUGAGAUUUCCCGGUGUCCACAAGGAAAAGAUUGAAGAGGCUGGGAGCAUUAGGGAUCGAAGAAUUCCACUUCAGAAGUCUCAAAGUUUCAAAGAGAAGAAGAAAUCUCAGAACUGGCUCCAAAGACAGUUCUCUAGGCAAAUGAGUCAGGAGUAUCACUCAGACAAUGGAAUAGGGCGUGCAGCCGCAGUGGCAGCUGCAGCAUUUGCCAUCAAAAGACUUGAAGAAACACACAUCCCAGAUCCAAAAAAGACAAGCCAACGACCCGAAACCUCUUUGACUGUAAUCAAGAGUAUAAAGGAGGAUCAACCAAGUUUGGCAGCAGAACCUGGGAGAACAUCCAAGCGAUUCUCAGGUGAAACAUCACGCAAAAUUCCUGAAAGCCAAGAAAGCGAGUUUCCAAUAACUGCAACAAUAACAGCAAAGACGCCCAUACAGCUUGUCCCUUCAAUUAAAAGGACUCCAACUUUUGUUGAACACUUGAACAGCAACAUCGGUUUGAACCCAGAAACUACGCCACCGAAAUCUGAACCUCCUGUCACCUUUAAAUCAACAAUACCACCAAACGAAAUCCAAAGGCAGAGUUCAACAAAACCUGGGACCCCACCAACUGUCACCAGACAGCAGAGUUCAAUGGGAUCUGUAAUUGAAGAAACAAAAGCAGAUGCUUGGGAGAAAGCUGAGUUGGCUAAGAUCAAACACAGGUAUGAGAAGCAGAAAUCCACGAUAACUUCCUGGGAGGAAAAGAAGAAGGCAAAAGCCAGACGCAAACUAGAUAGGACACAGAUGCAGAGUGAACUGGAGGGAAGGAGGAAACAUGCCUUAGAAGAAUUCCGGGAUGACAUAGAAUUCAUUGAUCAGAUUGCAGGAGGAGCAAGAGUGAAGGCAGAAGAAAGGCGAAAUAAAAAAGAGAUCAAAGCAAGAGAGAAGGCAAAUAAAAUUAGAACUACGGGGAAAGAACCUAAGACAUGUUGCUGCUUCUGAAUGUGAACAGUUCAUCUGAUUUUUCAUGGACUCUUCUAGUUUUUCAUGGACAGAAAAAAUAUAUAUAUCUAUAUAUAUAUUUAGUUCUGCAAUCUGCAAAUAUAUGUUUCUCAAUUUCAUAGCUGACGCGCUGUUCUACACCAAAGAGAGGCCUCCAGUUAUAGUCAAAAGUAAAAUGCUCUCAUAAUCUCGUUGAUUUUAGAUAAUUUACUUGAUAUUUGGACAAACGCAUGUCAUUCAAUCUGAAUUUAUGUUUAUGCUCUGCAUGUAAACCUUCAUGCCAUCAUAAAAUCACAUCCUCCCAAAAUCAUCUUCAUGUAUUAGGUGUCCAGGGCAGUGAGGGCCAUGAUCGACAUCCCCCACUACUGUUCACAAUGGAUUAAAAUGAUGAUCAGACUCGCUAGUAAUUUGUAAAGCCAGACAAGUCGGAGAUGCUUCUGUCACCAGCUCUACUAAUCAAUUUCCCACCUGCGAAGAAUUCAUCCAUGCCUCAUUUUUCCUUCCUAAGCACCAAGAGAUAGUAAUCAGGCUGAAGCAAACAAUUUGAAGAAUAUGCCACCCUAAAACACGUCCAUCUUUUAUUUGUGUGCAGACAACAAUGGGAGAAUAUCAAUCUGCCAUAUUUCAAAGUUGUUUUUUCCCUUCUAAUGUUCAGCUUCGUAUAAAG